UUCACAUAGCAAUACAUUUUCUCGGUUAAAGAACGAUUGGCAAAAUGAUGUGCGAAGUGAUGCCGACGAUUAAUGAAGGGGACUCGAUGAGUUCCCAGCGAGGUUCCCAAAACGGUUCGGAUUCGGACUCAAAUUUUGAGCAACUGAUGGUAAAUAUGUUGGAUGAGAGAGACAAGCUUCUGGAAUCUUUGCGUGAGACCCAGGAAACCCUAAUUCAGUCACAGACGAAGCUGCAGGAUGCGCUGCACGAGAGGGACAUUCUACAGAGGCAGAUAAAUUCAGCACUACCGCAGGAGUUUGCCACGCUGACCAAGGAGCUGAAUGUGUGCCGGGAGCAGCUGCUGGAGAAAGAGGAGGAGAUCUCGGAGAUGAAAGCGGAGAGGAACAACACCAGGCUGCUGCUGGAGCACCUUGAGUGCCUGGUGUCCCGUCACGAGCGAUCUCUCAGGAUGACUGUGGUCAAGCGGCUGGCCCCGCCCCCUUCGGGGGUCUCCAGCGAGGUGGAGGUCCUCAAUGCACUAAAGUCCCUCUUCGAGCACCACAAGGCCCUGGACGAGAAGGUGCGAGAGAGGCUGCGGGUGGCAUUGGAGAGAGUGACCACACUGGAGGGGCAGCUGUCUGCCGCCACUCAGGAGCUCUCUGCAGUGCGGCAAAGGAAAGACAAGACAGAGGGCGAUGCUCUGGAGCGGAUGGAUGGGUCCAAGCCCACCUGGAAGAGGCUGCCCAACGGAUCCAUCGACGCCCACGAUGAGGCCAGCCGCUGCCUGGAGCUCCAAGAGCUUCUGGAUAAGGCUAACAAGGAGCUGGCACAGAACAAGGAGCGCGUGAACGCCCUGACCACCCGCGUGAGCGAGCUGGAGUCCGACCUCGCCACCGCCCGCAAGGACCUGCUCAAGAGCGAGGAGCUCAGCACCAAGUACCAGCGCGACAUCCGCGAGGCUAUGGCACAGAAGGAGGACAUGGAAGAGAGAAUUACAACAUUAGAAAAGCGUUACCUGGCUGCCCAGAGGGAGACCACAUCCAUCCACGACCUUAACGACAAGCUGGAGAAUGAGCUGGCCACCAAGGACUCUCUGCACCGGCAGAGCGAAGACAAGGCGCGGCACUUGCAGGAGCUGCUGGAGCUGGCGGAGCAGAGGCUGCAGCAAACCAUGAGGAAGGCGGAGACUCUGCCAGAGGUGGAGGCGGAGCUGGCCCAGAGGGUGGCGGCUCUUACCAAGGCCGAGGAGCGCCAUGGCAACAUCGAGGAGCGCCUGCGGCAGCUGGAGGCCCAGCUGGAGGAGAAGAACCAGGAGCUGGGCAGGGCCCGGCAGAGGGAGAAGAUGAACGAGGAGCACAACAAGCGUCUGUCGGACACCGUGGACCGCCUGCUGACCGAGUCUAACGAGCGUCUGCAGCUACACCUGAAGGAGCGCAUGGCAGCGCUGGAGGACAAGAACACUCUGAUUCAUGAUCUGGAGAACUCACAGAAACAGCUGGAGGAGUUUCAUCACUCUAAGGAGAGACUGAUUGGUGAGAUCGAAAAGUUGCGGGCAGAGGUUGACCACCUCAAGCGCAGGAGCGGCGUGUUUGGGGAUGGAGUGCAUCCCAGGUCUCACGUGGGCAGCGCCACAGACCUGCGCUUCUCUGUGGUGGAGGCCCAGGGGGAGCACUUCGGCACGGCGGCUGUCAUCCGGCGGGCGCAGAAAGGAAGACUGGCCGCACUGCGGGACGAGCCCACGAAGGACUGGGAGCGCUCCCAGCCCCCCAGCCUGCGGGCCAGCGUCACGCAUCUGGUGGAGAGCGACCCCGAGCUGUCCGACCUGGAUGACGACGACCGCGAGACUGUCUUCAGCUCGGCCGACCUGCUGUCCCCCAGCGGCCACUCAGACGCCCAGACGUUGGCUCUCAUGCUGCAGAAGCAGCUGGAUGCCAUCAACGAGGAGAUCAGGAUGAUUCAGGUGGAGAAGGAGUCGGCGGAGUUGCGGGCGGAUGAGAUCGAGAGCCGGGUGACCAGUGGCAGCAUGGAUGCCCUCAACGUGACCCUGCGCCCUCGCUCCUCCAUCCCCACCUCCGUCACUGCCCUCUCCCUGGCCAGCUCCUCGCCCCCAGUCAGCGGGCGCUCCACACCCAAGCUGUCCGCCCGCUCGGCUGCCCACGAGCUGGGCAUCAUGACCCUGCCUAGUGAUUUAAGGAAACACCGCAGGAAAGUUCUAUCUCCUGUGUCACGUGAUGAAGCUCGCGAGGACAAGGCCACUAUCAAGUGUGAGACAUCGCCCCCCUCGUCCCCGCGCAGUCUCCGCCAGGAGCAGAUGAGCUUCGCUCAGCUAACUGGCAGCUUGGAGGAUGGACGAGGGGGCAACAAGAAAAAGGGCAUCAAGUCCUCCAUCGGACGUCUCUUCGGCAAGAAGGAGAAGGGCCGCCUGGAGCAGCAGAUGGGCAAGGAAGGACAAGUGACAACUGUGGCCAUUCCAGAUUUCGAGAUGGCUAUUGGGGACACCAUGACCCUGGGCAAGCUGGGCACACAGGCAGAACGUGACCGCAGGAUGAGGAAGAAGCACGAGCUGCUGGAGGAUGCGCGGAGGAAGGGCCUGCCGUUUGCCCAGUGGGACGGCCCCACUGUGGUGUCCUGGCUGGAGCUGUGGGUGGGCAUGCCUGCUUGGUAUGUGGCGGCCUGCCGCGCCAACGUGAAGAGCGGUGCCAUCAUGUCGGCACUGUCGGACACGGAGAUCCAGCGGGAGAUUGGCAUCAGCAACCCUCUGCACCGGCUCAAGCUCCGGCUGGCCAUCCAGGAGAUGAUGUCCCUCACCAGUCCCUCUGCCCCCCUCACGUCCCGCACAUCCUCCGGAAAUGUGUGGGUGACUCACGAGGAGAUGGAGAACCUGGCAACCUCCACCAAAGCGGAGAGUGAGGAGGGAAGCUGGGCUCAGACGCUGGCCUAUGGGGACAUGAACCAUGAGUGGAUUGGGAACGAGUGGCUGCCCAGCCUGGGCCUGCCCCAGUACCGCAGCUACUUCAUGGAGUGCCUGGUGGACGCCCGCAUGCUGGAUCACCUGACCAAGAAGGACCUACGCACACAUCUCAAGAUGGUGGACAGCUUCCACCGGGCCAGUUUACAGUAUGGAAUUAUGUGCUUGAAGAGGCUGAAUUACGAUCGCAAAGAGCUGGAACGAAGGAGAGAAGAGAGCCAGCACGACGUUAAAGACACCCUGGUGUGGACUAAUGACCAGGUGAUACACUGGGUGCAGUCCAUCGGGCUGAAGGAGUACAGCAACAACCUGCUGGAGAGCGGCGUGCACGGGGCCCUGAUCGCCCUGGACGAGAACUUCGACUACAGCAGCCUGGCCCUCAUCCUACAGAUCCCCAUGCAGAAUACACAGGCCAGGCAAGUUCUUGAGCGAGAGUUCAACAACGUCCUGGCCCUGGGCACUGACCGUCGGCUGGACGAGAGCGAUGACAAGUCUUUCCGGAGGUCUCCGUCCUGGAGGAAGAGGUUCCGCCCUCGGGAGGGGCAGGGGCUGGGCAUGCUACCGGGCUCCAUCGAGACGCUACCAGCCGGCUUCCGCCUCACCAGCAUGUCCAUUCCACCCUCUAUGGCUGUGGUGCCGAAGAAGCUCCAGCCGGAAGCCGGACCCCCGGCCCCCCAGAGACUAGACCCCUCCGCCGUGCGGACUUACUCAUGCUAACUCUGCUAUACUAACAGGAGCACUUGCACUGGACAGUGCAUUCCCACUACCUGUACGGACACAUGCUUGCUGCCUUUCGAGAGUGAAAUGCCAAAUUUGAACAGGAC